AUGGCGCUGCUCCUGCUAAGUCUGUGGCUGAGCCUGGUCUCUGCCCAGGACCUCAGCCCCCGAACCAUCGUGCGGAGAAACUAUGACAUAGCUAGGGUGUCGGGGACCUGGUACUCCAUCUCCAUGGCCUCUGACGACAUGAAGCGCAUAGAGGAAAACGGGGACCUGCAUGUCUUCGUGCAGAGCAUCGAGAGCCUCGAAGACGGCCGUCUGAAGUUCAAUUUCCACUUCAUGCUGCACGGGGAGUGCGUGGAGGUGGCCGUGGUCUGUGACAGGACGGACAGGAACGGGGAAUACACGCUGGCCUACUUGGGGGAGAACAGGCUGUUGGUCUCGGAGACAGACUACCGGCUGUUUGUGACCUUCCGUCUCCAGAACAUCAGAAACGGGACGAAGACGCAAGUGCUGGCGCUCUACGGACGGCUCUCAGAGCUGAAACCCAGCUUCCUGCACAGAUUUGAAAAAGUCUGCAAAACCUACGGGCUUGGCCCGGAAAAUAUCAUCAGCCUGAGCCAUCAAGAUCCCUGUUACAGAUACGGGAGGUAGAGGAGACCACCCAGGCCUUCGGUGCGUGAGCUCGG